AUGAAGGUAUCGAAUUCUGGGACGGUGACCCUAGAAGACCUCCUGAGGACGCGAGCAGCGCAACACCAGUCUCGAGGCCUCCUUCUCUACCCUCCGGGAAACACAUCAACGCCAACGAGUGUGUCGUAUGCCAAACUGUACGCAUCCGCAAGCAAAAACGCCCAAGCCAUCCGAGCCCUUGCAUCCUUCGGAGAGAAUAAACCCGUACUGCUCCACGUUCACGACCAUUUCGACACCAUCCUCUGGUUCUGGUCGAUCCGCUUGGCUCGGGGACUGCCCGUCCUGUCAACCCCAUUCAGCAAUGUUGACGAAUAUCGUAAAAUGCACAUUCAGGGGUUCUCAUCGCUCCUCGAGUCACCGAUAUGCAUUACUCGAGCUGCCUUCAUGCCUCGGUUCGAUGCAGCCAAGCAUUCCUUGAAACUACAUACCAUUGAGGCGCUGGAGCAGGAGGAUGGACCAGAAUCAGAUUUGUACCGCCACGGGAACCAUACCGACGCAGCCUCAAGCAACGGUCACUCACAGGAGAGCCUGCAAGAUGUCGACGGCAGGGAGAGCCUGGCGAUGCUCAUGCUCACGUCUGGCAGCACGGGCAACGCCAAAGCCGUCUGCAUCACCCACGAGAUGGUGCUGUCCUCAGUCGCCGGCAAGGCGGAUGCGCGCCAUCUUCCGGCAGACCGGCCUUUCCUGAACUGGAUCGGGCUCGACCCCGUCGGUGCCCUGAUCGAAAUCCACAUGCAUGCUCUCUGGGCCGGCGUUGACGAGAUCCACGUGAGCGCUGCCGACAUCGUCUCGUCGCCAACCGUCUUCCUGGACCUCCUCAGCCGCCACCGCGUCUCCCGGUCGUUUGCGCCAAACUUCUUCCUGGCCAGCCUCGUGUCUGCCGUUGGGACGUCAACGAAGACAGGAGAAGGGUCGGGAGGCGGUGGGGAUGAAGAUGCUAAUGGCACACCACGUCGCUGGGACCUGUCGAAUCUGGCCUGGCUCGUGUCCGGCGGGGAGGCAAACGACAUGGAGACCUGUGUGAAGGUCUCAUCGCUUUUGGAGGGAUUUGGCGCACCACGGGGCGUCCUAUCCCCCGGAUUCGGCAUGACCGAGACCUGCGCAGGCUGCAUUUACAGCCACGACUGCCCCGGCUACGACUUGGCGCGCGGGUACGGUGUCGCUUCCCUCGGCAGGUGCAUCAAAGGGAUGGAGAUGCGUGUCACGGUUCUUGAGAACUCGACUCAGCAACGGAGAAGUGCCCAGCCCGGCGAGACGGGCGAUCUCGAGUUGCGAGGCACCAUGGUAUUCCGGGCGUACUACCGCAACGCGACGGCCACUGCGGAGGCUUUCACCCCUGACGGCUGGUUCCGCACCGGCGACCGUGCCGUGCUGGACACCAAAGGCUAUCCGUGUCUUUCUGGCCGGUCCAAGGAGGUUGUCAACAUCAACGGCGUCAAAACCCCCAUCAGCGACAUCCAACUGCUCCUUGAGCGGGCGGUUGAGGGGAAGGGCGUUGCUCGUCUCGUCGUGUUCCCCUCCCGCGCGGCGCAUACAGAGCAGGUCACGGUCGCCUAUCUGCCCCUACAUGUCGCACCAGCAGCCCACCCUCGCGCACGCCAGCGCAACACUACGUAUGCCGGCUCGGACGCUGCCGAGAUCGAAUGCCUCCUUGUCAAGGAGUGUCUGCUAGCAACAUCUUCACGACCGCUCGUUUUUGCGCUGAGCGCGGACUCGCUGCCUCUUCUCCCGACGACGACGCUGGGCAAGAUCUCGCGGGCCAAGAUGCGCUCGCUGUUUGAAGAGGGCGCGUUUGCAGCUGACGUGGCACGGUACCGUAGUGCAGUCGAGAGCAGCCGGCUUCACCAACGCCAGAGGAACGGGGCUAGCAGCAAAGUUGAACGAAAGCACCAGCCAGGGGUAAGGCCAGCGAUCAGCGAGGCUGAAGCGAGCCUUCUUCAGGAUUUUAUCAGGGCCCGCGACGGGGACCCGGAGUUUGACAUCGAUGUUGACAUGCCCGUAUGGGAGCUGGGGUUCACGUCCAUGACGCUCAUCCGCCUCAAACAUGCCAUCGACAAAAGGCUGGGCAUUUCCCUGCCGCUCGUCACGCUCAUGAAGAAUCCCACUGCCCGGUCGCUGGCUGCGGCGCUGUCAGACAUGCUGCUGCUGAAUAAGCUGAAUCAGAACGGUCAUGACACGCCGCCAAAUGGAGCCACCCCUCAGGUUCCGAGUCAAACCCACUACAACCCAGUCGUAACCUUCCGCUCAACAGGCUCCAGGACGCCUCUGUGGCUGGUCCACCCCGGGGUAGGCGAGGUAUUAGUCUUCGCGGGACUAGUCCAGCACCUAACCGAUGAUGACCGGCCGGUGUACGCGUUCCGCGCGCCCGGGUUCAAACCCGGCGAGCAGCACUUCGAGUCUGUUAGCCAGGCCGUCGACACGUACGUGGCUGCUCUUAGACGCAGGCAGCCGCGGGGACCCUACGCCCUCGCUGGUUACAGCUAUGGCGCCAUGCUGGCCCUUGAGAUGGCCAAACGACUGCAGGAUGAUAAAAGAGAAGAGGUACGCUUCCUCGGCAGCUUCAACCUGCCGCCGCAUAUCAAGACGCGCAUGCGCCACCUGAACUGGAACCUGUGCCUGCUAAACCUGGCAUACUUUGUCGGUCUGAUCAGCGACGAGCGGGCAGCGCGCAUUGAGGAGCUCGGAUACGACGACGAGGCCAACCCAGAACACCGCAGUCAAGCACUCGCCAUCAUCCUAGGCGCAGCCGACAAGGCCCGGCUUGAGGAGCUGGGAAUUGGCGAGGCAGAGCUGGCGCGGUGGGCCGACGUGGCAUACGGGCUGCAGCACAUGGCGGUCGACUACGAGCCGAGCGGGCAAGUGGACAGUAUCGAUGUGUUCCACGCCGUUUUAUUGCGGGCUGUAGCCGCGACCCGCGAGGCGUGGUUGCGUGAUCAUCUGUCUCGGUGGCAGGAGUUUUGUAAGACGGGCGGCGUGAGGUUCCGUGAAGUUGGGGGCGCCCAUUAUACUAUGAUUGGGCCCGACUAUGUUGCUGGGUUUGCAAUGGUCUUGAAGCAGGCUUUGAGGGAUAGGGGGGUUUAG